CCUUGAUAGUUUCAUUAAAUUUUAAAUUUAUUUAUUUUAUAUACUUUGUAAACCUAACAUGUCAAAACUCGGUGUGUUGCAUUUAACAAAACACACUGGUACUGCACAUACUGCUACUGUUAUCUUUUUUCAUGGAUCUGGAUCAUCUGGUGCUGAUAUGAAGGAAUGGGUCCGACUCAUGGUGAAAAACUUUUCAUUUCCUCACAUCAAGGUUAUGUACCCAACUGCUCCAUUGCAACCUUAUUCCCCAUCUGGGGGUCUGAUGAGUAAUGUUUGGUUUGACCGGUCUGAUAUAUCCCCUAAAGCACCAGAAAAACUGGAUUCAUUAGCAAAAAUUGAGACUGAAGUAAUGCAUUUAAUAAAGGAAGAAAACAAUGCAGGAAUACCAAGUAACAGAAUAGUCGUUGGUGGUUUCUCAAUGGGUGGAUCACUAACAUAUCACACUGCAUACAGAUGGGAUCGCAACUUAGCUGCUGCCUUUGUAUUCAGUUCAUUUCUAAAUGAUAAUUCUAUUGUGUACCAAGAGCUCAAGAAAUGUGGUGAUGUUUCAUUACCGCCUCUGCUUCAAUUACAUGGCGACAGUGAUGACUUGGUUCAUUUUCCUUGGGGCCAAAGUACCUACAAUCAAGUAAAAGAACUGGGGGUUCAAGGGGAGUUCCAUGUCUUGGAGAGACUGGGACACUCCAUCAAUAAGCGAGGAAUGAAUAUUAUUAAAGAGUGGGUAGAAAAACACUUACCUGAAAUAGUUUGAAUGUUAGAUGUUAGAUAUUUUGCAAUAAACAAACAAUCUCAUUGUUUACUUGAGUAAGAGUAAAGAUUAGAUUUAGUACAAUAUUAAACAAUUUAAUUAUAUAUACAUGGGAGACAGUGUUGUACAGUUUGUGUACUGUAGUUUAUAAAUGUGAAGUGGUAAUGUAUUAGUUGGUAUGUUGGUAAUUAAAUGCAUUGACAUUGGUUUUUGUUUGUAUACAUAUUAUAAUAUAUGAGAAAUAAAGCGCCUAUACCGCAUUGUUGAAUUUUACAUCUUAUUUAUGACUAGAAGAAACUACUGAUCUUGGUUCUUGCAAAAUGCUGGGUAACGUUGUUCAAACCAAGUCAAUCCAAGUGAGUUUUAACUUUGAAACUCAUAUAGUAUGUUUAAUACCUAUUUUCAGCAAAUACUUAAAAUAAUGUUCCACAUUUUUAUGGCACAAAAAUUGUUAUGACUUUGUAUUUUGCAGUUUACUCUGCAUAUCUCAUUGAAUACACUGGAAUACUGCUAAUAAUAAAUAAUAUAAACAUUUAAAUAAGCAUUUGUAAUAAUUAAACCCUUGUAUCUUCAUAUAUAAACAUUCGAGGUUAAUAUUAAGUAAUGUAAAUCUAUUUUGUUACUGUAUGAAGUAGAUUCUGAGUAAUUAUCAAAUAUUGUUCCAUAAUGAACUUAUAAUAAUGUUUUCGAAUAAAAUUCACAAGGAGUUUGUUAUUUAGUGAGUAAGAGUUAAAUACAAAUAAUUAUACACACGUGAAUAGGAUCUAGGAUCGUGAUAAUAACCACGGGUAAUUUGAA